AUGAAGGCCACAAGUGUUAAGGAUGUAGACCAACACGAAAUUGUGAAGCAAAUCGCUCAAUUCUUAAAGAAGAGCGGAAAGGUUAAGGUCCCAGAGUGGGCUGAUCUUGUUAAGUUGGGAAAGAACAGACAACUUGCUCCAAUCGACCAAGACUGGUAUUUCAUCCGUACCGCCAGCGUUGCUCGUCGCCUUUACUUCCGUUCUCCAACCGGAGUCGGAGCUUUGAAGAGCGCCUACGGAGGUGCCCUCAAGCGUGGUGUCCGCCCCAGCCAUUUCACCAAGGCUUCCGGAAGCGUUAUCCGUAAAGCUCUCCAGACCCUCGAAUUCCUUAAGUGGGUUGAGAAGGGCCCCGAUGGAAAGGGACGUAUCCUCUCUAGCCAGGGAAGAAAAGACUUGGACCGUAUUGCCUCCAGCAUCCGCAAGGCCCAAUCCGAGUUGUAA